AUGCACCGCGACAUCAAGACGGAGAACGUGCUCAUUCGUGCGCCCACCGACGCGAAGGGACCACCGACGAGUGUCUGCAUCUGUGACUUUGGCUUCGCGACAGGAACGGAGCCAAACAACGAGUGUGUCGGCUCACCACAGUACAGCGCACCGGAGAUUGCCCGCAUCGGCAUGGCGCAGGGGCGGGCAGACGUGCCUACGCGAGGCUACACAGAGAAGUGCGAUGUAUGGUCGCUGGGCGUCGUGACCUACGCCCUCCUCAGCGGGAUGCUGCCCUUUGACGGCCGCACGCCGACGGAUGUGUUUGCGAGCAUUCUGCGCCGCAACAUUCCGUUCCAGCAGCCCAUCUGGAGAGACGUCAGCGAUGAGGCGAAGCGCUUCAUUCUCUUUCUCCUGACGGCGGAUCCGGAUCAGCGUCCCUCCGCACGCCAGGCCUUGGGCCAUGCAUGGCUGGUGAUGUGA